AUGGAAUUGCUUGGUAGUUUUUCUAAAAGUUUGGGUUAUACAACUAUGGGAUACUGGUAUCAUAUGCCAACUGGACAACAUUGUGGUUUGUCGAUGACUCCAAUUUUGGAUGAUGAUGCUUUUGGAAAUUUCAAAGCAAUGGUUAGGGCACAUCAAUUUCGUGAGAUUGAACAUCUAACAAUCAAUGUCAACAGUGAUGAUCGAAUAGCAUACAUCAAGCAUAUGCUAAACAUGACCAUUCCCAGAGAAAAGAUGGAAGAUGUAAUGGACAUGGCCAAGGAGAAUGUUAUUGCAUGGAAAAACUUAGUGUAG